GCAAUCCAAAGACAUGCAGUGAAUCCAACUACAUUCUCGAAAUUGCUUGGAUUUUCGGACAGAAAGUCUACUUAAAAAAGACGCCGGAGAAGUGGUUUUUAAUUGUUGCCCUGCAAAGGUUCUGAAACUCCUUCCAAUGAGGAUCUCAUUCCUUGCAAAAUAUGUGGAAGGCGCUUUUUUGCAAAAGUGCUUAAAAAACACACACCCAUCUGCCAAAAAGCCUCCAUUAAAAAGAGGAAGGUGUUUGACUCCAGCAGACAGAGAGCGGAGGGAACAGACAUUCCCACUAUGAAACCUCUCAAACCAAAGUUACACAGUACAUCCAGCACUUCUAAGUCUGAUAAAGCCGAGCCACCCAAGAAGCAGUCAAACUGGCGCCGGAAGCACCAGGAGUUCAUCGCCACAAUCCGUGCGGCCAAAGGCUUGACCCAAGUCAUGAAGGAGGGUGGCCCUCUACCGCCGCCCCCACCCCCGUCUUACGACCCCGACUACAUCCAGUGCCCAUACUGCCAGAGGCGGUUCAGUGAGAAUGCGGCUGACAGGCACAUCAAGUUCUGCAAGGAGCAGGCGGCGCGGAUGCCCAACAAGGGCAAGGUGGUGGCUACGGACAGCAAGGCCAAGCCUCCGACCCGGUCUCAGUACAAGCCCCCCCCAGUAAAGAAGGUGAACUCCCCAGCAACGUCGGCCAUCCCAGCUUCCGCCUCCUCCCGCCUACCCCAGCGUUCCGCUUCGGGGUCGUCUGCAGGGAUUCCUGUCAGCAAAUCUCCCUCUGCCGCCUCUGUGAAAAGCACCACUUCUGGGUACUCCUCCAAUCGGACCAACACCUCAGGCCUCACCAGCCCUCCGUCUGGGCUUAAUAUGAAAUCCAGGACACCAACAUCUCCAGGAUCUUUGAAAAACACAAGUUCAACUGCUGGGCCCAACAGGCGGAAGGUCUACAACGCGGAUAGCUACACGUCGAGGGAUGACCAAAAAGGCAGCGUGGAGGUGGACCACCCCGUCGGACAGUUGACGAAGUUCUGCCAUGAGUGUGGGACCAGGUACCCAGUGGAGAGCGCUAGGUUCUGUUGUGAGUGUGGGGUCAGGAGGAUGUGCGUGUAGGCAGCGAGGUCCAAGAUGACCACAGCUGUUAUAUACCAACAAAACACGACCACCCAUUACACGCGAGAAUGACAUACACUUAAGUCCCUUUCGUCUCUCACCGAUGUGUUUUUUAAGUGCAAUAUAAUUAGACUUUGUUACUUGGAAGAGAACUGCCCUUAAAUAUACCAUUGUUUAAGGAUGUAUAUUCUUCUAAGCUACCUUUAUUUGUUAUGCAGUGCUAUUGAUGUGGAAAUGGCUUGGAAUUAGUGGAAGGAAGUGUUUCCGUUAGCUCGAAAUAGCCCUGCUGCAUUUAACCGUGAAAAGGCAGGAUUUUACCGCAAUGUUAUCAUGGUUUCACUGUUGAACAGAUAUUUCUUCCCAAAAACAGCCCACUAUCUACAUCUUCAUGGGAGUUGUUUUUCCUUUAUUUGAAUGAGUAUUUUUAUAAGUUCUACAAACCAAGCUAUUUCACCCAAUUUUCAGAUAGGUUUUUAAGUUAUUCUUUUUUUAUUGUAGGGACCUACCGAUAUUUCUGUGCUCAAUUUUAUUUAAACGUGUGCACUUUGUACAAAAUGCUGUUUUUUUUUUUUUUUUCGUAAGUAUAUGUAAAUAAUAGUUUCUGAACUUUCUUGGUCUCACUUUCACAAAAUUCUGUAAAUUGCAGCAUGUCAGAAACCCAUAAUGGUUUCAUUAUAUAUAAUGGGUCGUCUUCUCUGAUUUGGAUUCACUAAAAAUCCAUGGGUAUUAUCUGGUACAGUAGAUGUUCACUGAAUAGGAAUGAGAUGUUUUGGGUUUUUAACCUUAAUAAAUCUCUACGUUUCACAUCAAGUACUACAUGUGUAUCUAUGUAAUUCAUCUUUUCAGAAUAGACUGCAUUUUAGGUGUUUUUAGUAUGUUCAUGUCUUUAAAGGCUGUAAUACCGCUUUACAAUAUGACACUCUAACAUAAGUUCUUCACUGUUUAUUAAACUGUAUGACAUCCAA